GGAGUCAGCCUUUUCCGCCUCCGCUAGUGCCUAGCCCCCCACCUUUCCUGGGCGCGCACUAGCCCCGCCCCUUUGGGGCCGCCCCUCCCAUCCUGGGCUUUCCCCAGGCCCCGCCUCCUGCCCGUCACGCGACCUGCUGUGGGAGCCCCGGCGGCGCGCCGGUGGAGGACGCGGUGCGCGGUCAUGGGGUUCCAGCCGAGCCCAGGCCUGCUGGCCUCCCUGGGGGCGGGGCUGCUGACUCUGCUCGGCCUGGCGCUGGGCACCUACUUGGUUCGGAGGUCCCGCCGGCCACGGGUCACUCUCCUGGACCCCAAUGAGAAGUAUCUGCUGCGACUGCUAGACAAGACGACUGUGAGCCACAACACCAAGCGGUUCCGAUUUGCCCUGCCCACCGCCCAUCACACUCUGGGGCUGCCCGUGGGCAAACAUGUCUACCUCUCUGCUCGAAUUGAUGGCAGCCUGGUCAUCAGGCCAUACACUCCUGUCACCAGUGAUGAAGACCAAGGCUUUGUGGAUCUUGUCAUUAAGGUGUACCUGAAGGGUGUGCACCCUAAAUUUCCUGAAGGUGGGAAGAUGUCUCAGUACCUGAACAGCCUGAAGAUUGGGGAUGUGGUGGAAUUUCGAGGGCCAAGUGGGUUGCUCACCUACACAGGGAAAGGGAAUUUUAACAUUCAGCCCAACAAAAAGUCUCCACCAGAGCCCCGAGUGGCGAAGAGACUGGGCAUGAUCGCCGGCGGGACAGGAAUCACCCCAAUGUUUCAGCUGAUCCGGGCCAUCCUGAAAGACCCCGGAGAUCCAACCCAAUGCUGUUUGCUUUUUGCUAACCAGACCGAAAAGGACAUAAUUCUACGGGAAGAUUUGGAGGAGCUGCAGGCACAAUAUCCCAGUCGCUUUAAGCUCUGGUUCACUCUGGAUCAUCCCCCAGAAGAUUGGGCCUACAGCAAGGGCAUCGUGACUGCAGACAUGAUCCAAGAGCAUCUCCCUGCUCCAGGGGAUGAUGUGCUGUUGCUGCUCUGUGGGCCUCCCCCAAUGGUGCAGCUGGCCUGCCACCCCAACCUGGACAAACUGGGCUACUCACAAAAGAUGCGAUUCACCUACUGAGCAUCCCCUGGCUCCCCUGGUCCUGUUCCCUGCUGUCGUCCCCAUCAGUACUCAGAUACUGUAAGCUCUAGAUUUCUUUCCUGGCAGGAUCAGCCUUUUUGUCCUUGGAAGCUGAAAUUUGAUGGUGCCUACAGGAACAGCGUCCUUGCAGCCCUGGGAGAAAGCCGAGACUGAGUCGUUCCCUAGACGGCCCCCAGAUCUCCCUGUGAUAAAAGGUCCAGGUCAGGCCAUGCAGUUUCUUCCAUGGGUCUGAAAGAAGGAGGCAUGUAUGUUCACUCCAAGUCUAGCUAGUUCCUGGGUAGCAUCACGCUCUUCUUUGUGUAUGUGAUGAAAGGGACAACCUGUGUAAUGGGUUUUACUUACUACUAGGUACUUCACCCGUUGCAGAUUCUGUGUGUGAAUGCAAGUUGAAUAGACUUUUGCAGGAAAGGAGGAAAUGGUUUCUUCAGACCUACAGACCUCAGAGAGAGGAAUCUGAAAUAUGUAUUUGCGUGUCUGUCUCUCUCUGCCCAGCCCAGGAUGGAGGGAAGUAGCUGUCCACAGUCUGCUUAUGGCAGGGUCCUCUGGCAAUGCAAAUAAAUUGGGCUAAGGCCCCAGUGUUACACCUAAAGAGCUGUUGUGUCU